AUGUCCGAGCAAAUAUCAGAUGAGUACGACAGCUCCGACGGUGACAUUAACGAAUCCUUCACCAACGAGGACGUAUCACUAGACGAUCUCUUGCGUGCCAAACUGGAUCGGAUAGAGGACCUGGAACAAGAAAUCAGCGAAAAGGACGCUGAGGUUGCCAAGAUGAGGCAACAGGUGGUCGAGGUGGAAGUCAAACGAAAGCAUCAAGUCUACAGUCUAAGGCUAGAAUGUGACACGUGCCGCCGUGAAAAAGAUGCCACUGAAGAACGCCUUGCGGAAGUCUACAAGGACAUGGAACUCUUGGUAGAACCCGAAAACAAGUCACCGGAUUCUGAACUUGAAGAGGCCAAGGAAAAGUUUCAACAUGCCUUGUCUAUCAAGGAUAGCCAAAUGCAAAUGGUCCGGACUUCCUAUGACGAGAUUAUCAAGACACUCAAGGAAGAAAUUGUCGAAAUCACUGAAGCUGGAAGUCAGCAGGAGCUGGUUUUGAUCAACCAACUCGAAAACCUAGACAAGGAGAAGAGUGAAGCGGAGGAGUAUCUAAUGCAAAAGGUAGAAGAAAAGGAAGAAGCUAUGGAAAGCCUUCGUCGACGAAGUCGAGAUGGCCGUUCCAUGUGCAGCGGUGACGUUGAAGAGCUCGAGAAUGAACUUUCUGCGCUCUUGCUGGACAAGACCAAUCUUCAAGAGGAGCUUGCUUUGGAGCAAGAAAAGUCCAAUGAAGCCAUUCGUAUUCUAGAGCAGUCGAAUACCAUGCUUGAGGAGAAGGUUCAGGUGCUUGCAGUUGAUCUUGCCGUUCUCCGAGCAGGCGUUGAAGGGGUGCAAAGCACCAGCAUGACGAUCACACAAGAAGAAGACAUUGGCACCUUCAUUGAUCGGGUUGCAGAGAUUCGUAAGCAAACUGAAUCUUCAGUAGACAAAUUGUCAAAGAUUAUCCAUUCUGCCAAAGCCAGCAUGGAAUUAGAAGAUAGUGAAGUUGAGAUUGGCGACGAUGCUGAGAUGGUACUUUCCACGUCAGAAGCUGCCGCGUUGGUCCACGAUCAAGUCAAUUUGAGCCUGCGGCUCAUUGAACUGCAGCUUCAGAAUCGCCUAAAACUAUUACGAAAUGAAAAGUAUGGCUCUGGUGACAAUAUUCCAAAGGAUACUAUUCUGGUUUACAAGAUGGAUCGGGUAAGCGACGAUAUGAAGCUAGCAAUUGCCAAGGCGGAACAAAGCUUUUCCGAACAGAUGCAACAGCUGGAAGAGCAGGCGCUGCAUGAAAUGAAGCGUGCUACGAAAGAGCUGGAACAUAGCAGCGAAAGUAUCAAACAACUUGAGAAUGAAAAUGCAGCUCUGCGACAAGAAAUCAAUGACUGUAAAGAUACUCGUCUUGCGUCUGAUCAGCAAUCCCAUAGUGAUGAAAGAGCUUCAGAAGUUGAGACUCUUUGUGUCAACAAGCAUACCAUCGACCAACUGGAAAUGGAGACAUUGAGGGUAGUUGCUGUAGUCAGGAUCAAGAAUGAAGCCAUCAAGACUCUUUCGGACGAGCUGUCAAAGUACAAGAUUCGAGACAAGGAACUCCAGGCGCAGUUGAACAGAGUUUCGGCAUUCCCAACAUCGCCGGUUGCCAAUAGCAAGACGUCAUCGAGGACUGGCAAAUCUAGGACGUCUUCGAGAUUCUCCGUCCGCGAAGGUCGCAAGGAGAAUACAACCCCAACGAAGUCGAGUCCUCGAUCGGCAAGCAACAUCACCCCUUUACGGCCAAGUUCUCGUGAAGUAUUUGCACCUCAUUCUGCAAAAAGAAAUAAGAAAACAGUCUAA